GGAGAAGUUAAGCAUUGCACCAUACGCAUGUCAGCACGGAAGACGGAAAAAAAAUAGUCUGUUUUUAAGGGUUUAAUUUAGUCAAAAGUGCCAUUAAUCCUCAUCAUGUGGAGCUUUUUUCUUCUUCUUCUCUGGUCCUGCAUGCAUAUUGCUGGUGUUGGUGCUCCAGAAACAGUCACAGGACACAGAGGAGAGAGAGUUGACAUCAGAUGCAGAUAUGAAGCUGGAUAUGAAUCAAAUUCAAAGUAUUUUUGUAAAGGCAAGUGUAUCUUUGGAAAUAAAAACAUCAUGGUUAAAUCCGGAUCUCCAGCUAAAGACAAAAGAUUUUCUCUGACUGACGACACGACGGCCAGAGUUUUCACCGUCAGCAUCACUGAUCUGAGAACAGAGGAUACAGGACAAUACUGGUGUGCUGUGAAGAGGAUUUUAACUACUGAUGUCUAUUCAGAUUUAUUGUUGCUGGUUAAACAGGGUAAGAAAUUAAUCUAUGUUUCAAUCACACCAUCAUGUGUCAGCGCAACAGAGCUAAAUCAACAAUUCACCAGCAUCACAAUCACAGAUCAACACAACUCCUCAACAGAUCUGUCUUCUGUCGCUGGCGGUCUGGGUUCGGUUCUGCUGGUUCUGGUUCUGUGUUCUGGAAUGUUCCUCGUCCUGAAAAAGAGGAAGAGGAAAUCUGGGACAGCUUUAUUUCAGCAAAAUGUGCAGCACAAUACAGAGACUGAGCUUAUGUAUGAUGAGAUUCCAAACAGUGAUGUCAUCACCUCAGCAUCUUCGUCCAAUCAGACGCCUGCAUCACACCUCAACACCCGCCCACAAGUCUCUGAUGUUUAUGCUACAGUAACCAAUCAGCGGCCUGAUUCAAACCCCAGUCUCAUCCACUCAGCCAAUCAGGUGACGGAUACAGACUGUGAUUAUUACGCCAGCAUGAAGCCGCCUGAAACAACACCGGACAACAGAACAGAACUCAUUUACUCAACAGCGACACAUCCGCAAAACGUCAAGACAAACGACGGCCCGAUAUAUUCAAUAAUCAAACAUAAAUAAUAAAAAAAGACUGUCAAAACUUCUUCCACAGACAUCUGCACUGAUGCUCAAAGUGAAAAAAA